AUGUUUUUACUUGUUCCGGGCUUGAGACCUUGCACCGGGCUUGAGACCUUGCACCAGCUUCUGAACCACGAGCCUCAUGGAUUCUCUUGCACAGUAUUAUUUGAUUCAGAGGGAAUCUCCUUAGACUCUGCCACUGCUAAUGCAGUUCUCAGAUACUACAGCGUUUUUGGUACUUUAGAAGAAACCGAGCAGGCUUAUGUUAGGAAGUUUGAUCGGCUGCGUGAGUUUUGUUCAGAGGUCGGUCUUGGUAGAAGAAGAGACCUAGGAAACGUGUUAUGGAAUGCUGCGUUACUGUCAUAUGCAGCUGAGUUUAAGAUGAAAAACUUGCAGAGAGAGUUCGUUGGCAUGCUCGGUGCAGGUUUCUCUCCUGACAUUACCACGUUUAACAUCAGGGCUCUUGCGUUUUCUAGGAUGGCUCUCUUUUAA